CACUGUUCUAGUAGAAAAAAAAACCCAAUUAUCUAACUUUGCAUAGUCCAUCAUUCAGCUGUAAGUAAAAAAAAAACAGCAAAAGAGAAAAGGAGAGAACUUCUGUCAGGUUAUCAGGAUUAAUUUGUGAAUGGUCUCUUUUCUGAUUUGGUCUAGUUUGAAAGGCUGAUGUAAAUUCUUCACAACUCAGAAUGAAAAUGGCAUUUAAUUUUAUAUGUUGAGCACUGAUCUGCAUCUCACUUUGGACAUAAAAUUGGCCUUGGGAAUCACCUAUUCUGUGGCUAAGACUUUGCCGAUUUUAGCUAUGUUAGCAAUAAACUGGAAAGAGGUAGGUAAACCCUAAUCUUUGCAAUAAGAUAGAAUGACUAUCAGUCACUGCGAGUAGUAGAUAGAGCAGAUUGACACUGAGAUUGCGUUAUUCUGCAAAAGCUUAUGUCAUUUAUGUAUUGACAGGCUGGAGAUGAUGGAACCUCACUAUAUUUUCAACAAAACGUCCCAACAUGCCUUAUUAUCUCAUUCUGAUUAUACGUGGGAAUAUGAAUAUUAUGAAUAUGGCCCAGUCUCCUUUAAAGAUCUCAAAGCUCACAAAUAUUCCAUUGUGAUUGGAUUUUGGGUUGGCCUUGCUGUGUUUGUCAUUUUUAUGUUCUUUGUGCUGACCUUGCUGACCAAGACAGGAGUACCACAUCAAGAGCGUAUAAGCUCUUCUGAGAAAAGACUCUGCACAAACAACUUUGUAGCUGACUUUGAACAGCCACUGGAUUCUGAGCAAAUUUUUUCUCAACAACUGUUUCUCCAUUGCUACAUCAAUGAACUGGAGGACAUGGAUAGAACCAAGCAGUGUCAUAAGGUGCCAGUUAAGGACAGUAGCAUCCACUUCCAAGAAGUAAUUGAGAGUGCUGGACGACUGGAAGAGGAGGUGAACUGUCAUAUAAAAUUCAACAUUCCUAACUUUGUGAAUUAUGAUUCUCUGGGUGAAGAUGACUUGUUAAUUUCUGAGCCAUCUAUCAUUUUGGAGAACAAACCAGUGAGUCAAGUCUCUUGCCAGAUUCUUGACUAAAGAAACUUGAGCAAAAUGUUUAAGCUUGCAAGCUGGUAGCAUCACUCUCUUUGGAUGUCUAUGAAAAGAGAAUACUUUUUUUCUUGCAUUCCCAUCUCAUCCUAUUUUUAUGGGUUUCAGGACUUUGGCUAUUGAAACAUGCUUUAGUGCAUGACGUGGGUUUGGUUUGGAAUGCAUUUCCUGUGGGUUCUUAAGGUCCCAUGUUUUUGCAUUUAUACAUUUUUUUCUUUAGAAAACCAGUUUGAAGUUGCAAUGAGAUUCUAUUAAGCUCUACACAAACAAAAGUGUUCUAUCAACUUGUCUGGAGUCUUUAAAUUCUACAUUCUCUUAGAACAUAUGUGCUGAAUUUAAACAGAGUAGAAAAAUCUAAUGUUGAAGAAAUUGGGUGCAGUCAUAUUUGGAAAUAAAUCACACCAUUACUGA